AAUCAGUAAUAUACUGUACUUGCUUUAAAGAAACCACAACCAUGUCGCACGUAUCAUGCAUGGUGCAUGCACACUUCCGCAAUAAUUGUAUGCACUGCGCUAAAUUUUUUUAUUGCCACGGUACAGGCACCCGCAUGAUUUAGCUGCAGUUUGGUCGGCGCUCAAAGUCUUUCCUAAAUUCUUUGCUAGUUAACUGUGAAUCUCUGGUAUUACUGUAACUGUGGUAGAUGUGUGGAUAAAUCGAUACUUGCACACUCGAAGAAUUGUGUGUUUUUUAGUAGUCAACAGUUGUCGUUAUUAAUUCAUAACAGCCGUUUAAUUUUGGAAUUUUUGUAAUUUUGUGUUUUGUUAUUUUUUGUUUUUUGUUUGAGUUAGUGGUGUAAUUGUAGCGAGGCAAACACUGUUAUUUUAAUUUAUUAUUCUGUGCAGUGACUAGCGCGAAGCCGUCAUUUCACAAACUAUCGGCUUACGAUAAUUACUACCUGCUGCCGUAAUAACUGAGUGGUCGCAGACGGAAGAGGGAGAUGCGACCAUUCGCCACAGGCUUUCUUCUGGGACUGUGUCAAUGGGCGGCGCUGCUGCAGCCGCGCAGUGGCCUGAUUCAAGUGUAUCGGCGUUCUGGGUACACCGAUUCCAGGGAUUUCGUGUAUCAGGUUCCCAAUAAUUAUCAGUCCGCGGCUGGUCAAGGCAACAGCGAUGGGCCGGUAUAUCUGCAAAUUGCCGACCCGGAAGAUGCCUGCAGCGCCUAUGAUAUGGAUCCAGCACCGCGCUUAUUGGAGGACGAUAGAUGGGUUCCGUUCUUCUUGCUUACCAACGACGCACCAUGUGCGCCACAAAUCGACUAUCAGAACGCCACCGGCAGUGACGGCAGCGGAGUCGUUGCGAAGGUUUUCAACGCCCAAAUGAAAGGCUACAGCGGCGUCAUCGUGUACGCUAAUUUCUUCAAAGAGAAGGUACCUCCGAGGAUCGUUAACGGAGAAAGGCAGUACUUUGGCGAGCCACCGCGGACGACGCCUUUUCCCAUGCCGAUUCCCGCCAACAUUACCGAUCGGAUCAUGAUCGAUGUGCAUUUCGUCGGAUACGAUUAUGGACCUAAGUUGGCGCAGUACGCGUACAAUGCAUCCUCGACGACACGGUACCAGCUGAACGUCAGUUCUGUGGCGGUCGAUCGGUCGGACAUUUACGCUUUCCUGUCGGCCCUUCUGAAUUACAAAGCUCCGCAAUUUGAGACGCCGACAUGGUGGAGCCCGUCGUACAGCAGUUCAGGAUCGUCAUCAUCCGGCAACAGAACAAUACUCAUGGGAACGCUCAUUCCCUGCGUUUGUCUCUUCUUCCUGACUUUGCGUGUGAUCAGAUACAAACACCGGCAGCGUCAAGCAGCCAAAGCAGCCACCGAACAAAUGAGGGUUGCCCAGGCCGCAGCCGAGGUGGAGCUGGCGCGUAUUCAAGUUUCCCGGGAGCAGCAAGUGCGACGCUUUAUUGAGUCCUUCAUAGAACGCGUCCAGGCCGCCGAAAACGAGCAUAUGCAAGCCAACGGUGUCCCGUUAACAAAACCGGAAAUGCGCCGGCUAACCGAACUCACGCAAGUAAAGGUCACCGAGGAAUCGGACGACAUCUGUCCCACCUGUCAGCAAACGUUUGUGGUCGACGAAAUGAAAAUCGUUCUGCCCUGCUCUCACGUUGGCCAUUCGGCGUGCCUGACGACCUGGCUGACGACCUAUUCGCGCAACUGUCCGGUGUGCAGACAACCCGUCUCAACGGAAUAUACCGCUGAACCCAAUUCUGACUACUAUUUUUAAUUCUAUCGCGCUUCCGCCACAUUCGACGACGGAAUAAUUUGAUAUGUUUUAUACCUUUUUUAUUGGUGCUACGAUGUGUUCGUGCCUAAUGUGUCUUGUGUCUGCAUGUAGUAAGUGCAUGCAAACAGGGUACGCCACAGUGUCAAUAAUUCCAUCGCUGAAGUAUACGCCUUUGUUUGAUGUUUAACCGACUCCACUUUUUUUCGCAGAAAGCGGCAUAUGAUCUCGCGCUGUGCCUUCCGCCCCGAGCGAAAAAAAACAAAAUAAAA